AUGAACUCCACCCACCACCGUGGGACGCACACUUCUCUCCACUUCUGGAACCGCAGCAGCUACGGACUGCACAGCAAUGCCAGCGAGCCCCUGGGGAAGGGCUACUCUGAUGGAGGGUGCUACGAGCAACUUUUCGUGUCUCCCGAGGUGUUCGUGACUCUGGGUGUCGUAAGCUUGCUGGAGAAUAUUCUGGUGAUUGUAGCCAUAGCCAAGAACAAGAACCUGCAUUCGCCCAUGUACUUCUUCAUCUGCAGCCUGGCAGUGGCCGAUAUGCUGGUGAGCAUUUCCAAUGGUUCGGAAACCAUUGUCAUCACCCUAUUAAACAGCACGGACACGGACGCACAGAGUUUCACGGUGAACAUCGAUAAUGUCAUUGACUCGGUGAUCUGUAGCUCCUUGCUUGCCUCCAUUUGCAGCCUGCUCUCCAUUGCAGUGGACAGGUAUUUUACUAUCUUUUAUGCCCUCCAGUACCAUAACAUCAUGACAGUGAAGCGAGUCGGGAUCAUCAUCAGUUGCAUCUGGGCAGCUUGCACGGUUUCAGGCAUUCUCUUCAUCAUUUAUUCCGACAGCAGCGCUGUCAUCAUCUGCCUCAUCACCAUGUUCUUCACCAUGCUGGCUCUCAUGGCCUCCCUCUAUGUGCACAUGUUCCUGAUGGCCAGACUUCACAUUAAGAGGAUCGCGGUCCUCCCUGGCACGGGCGCCAUCCGCCAAGGGGCCAACAUGAAGGGCGCAAUCACCUUGACCAUCCUGAUUGGGGUCUUUGUUGUCUGCUGGGCCCCUUUCUUCCUCCACUUAAUAUUCUACAUCUCCUGUCCCCAGAACCCAUACUGUGUGUGCUUCAUGUCUCACUUUAACUUGUAUCUCAUACUGAUCAUGUGCAAUUCAAUCAUCGAUCCUCUCAUUUAUGCACUCCGGAGUCAAGAACUGAGGAAGACCUUCAAAGAGAUCAUCUGCUUCUACCCUCUGGGAGGGCUCUGUGAUUUCUCUAGCAGGUAUUAG